GGUGGACUCGCGGGGCCGGCCAAUUGUCGCGGAACCGUUGUCGUACCUACUGCAACCGUGGUAUCAUAGUAUAACUGUUGUGUUAUUGUUUUGCGCGCGUAACCGGUUUACCCGUUCGAGUCCCGCAGCAGAGAUCGAUUAGAGUCCGCAGUCCGUUUGUUUUAUUUUCAUAUAAUAAUUGUUCACUUUGGAUUUUGUCUAAUUUCGUUCAUCGUUUACGAUCGAUUAUCAUAAUAAUUACCCAUCUGAAAACUACCACUCCCGUGAAUAUCCACGUCAGAUCGAUCUAGGAACGAAUUUCCUCGAGCUGUCUACGUCGUUGCACCGUUGUCCCCGAACUGAUUUUUAAUAUCGAUUAUCGAAGUCAAAAUUAAAAACAACAAAAUGGGAAAAUUAUCUUUGGUCGUAGUUACGAUGUUAGUGGUUACUGUGGCCGCAUAUCCAAGCAAACCUUCUUUCAUCGGCUGCCAGAGCUCAGAAGAUUGCGGCAUGGACGAAUGUUGCGUUUUAGGUAUGAUGCGAUACAGCGUGCCCACUUGCAGACCUCUGGGUGAAGAGGGCGAUACGUGCAGACCUCACUCUGGCGACGUCCAACCGCAGAACGUCACCGUCACCUACCCCGACGGAUCGUCGGCCGACCUGUACGUGCACACUAUGGUGUGCCCUUGCGCCGCCGGACUUGAGUGCUCAGACGGUAUGUCGUGCACCGGACUGGACGGAGCUGGCAAGCUGAUGUUGCGCGAGGACUACACGGACGUGGACGACCUAAACCACCUGCGACGAUGAGCACAUGGCGAUAUCCCCGUCGCUUAUCUAUAAUUAUUUUUAUUAUUAUUAUUAUUAAUUAUUAUUAUUUUAUUGCUAUAUUGUUUUCACCACUGGCGUAACACUAAAAACGAUUACUGUAAUAUCACUGUUAUAAUUAAUACGUGCUUACUGUUUUUAUAAUACUUAAAUACACGGCCACACGAGUCCUAGAUAUACUAUACAGUCUAUACUGCAGUGCAAUUGACACGUAUAAUAGGCGCACACUCCAGAUCAUCCGAUACUUUGUUUGGAAAACUUCUAUAGUGAUUUUUACUUUCAAUAUUUAAUUAGUUAAUCAUAUCAUUGGUCGUCAUUUUUGUGAUCUAUUUCUUUGUAUUUACUUUGGCCUUUGAAAACGUAUUUUUGAUUUUUUUAAGAAAAAUGACAUUAGCAAAUCUUACAAAUUUUAAAUUUCAGUUUGCAAAUUAAAAUUUAAAAAAAAAUGUUUGAUGUGCGAGUGAUUGUAUGACUCAAACCCGACACCCUGGGGGGGGGGGGGGAGCAUGUUGAGCAUGACUGUCAGUAUUUUUGUACUUAUAUAGCUCCUCCGAACGAGAGGUUUGCACACCCUACGACUACUCUACUUCACGGCUAUAAUUUAGCAUAUAUAUCUCGUGGCAUAAUUAUUCAUAAACACUAUUGGAAUAAUUUUUAUUAUAUUAAUAUGUUUCCCAAUUUUAUAAAAUAUCUGAUUGCUCCAAAGGAUGGUAUCGAUAAAAUCAAAUUUUCCGUGUUCCUACCUACAAAAGUUCAAACGCUAACAUUCCUAAACGAAUCGGAAACAUUUUUUUUGCAGUCUUGAUACAAUAAUGUUAUCCAUUACUUUAGACAUAAUGUUAUUAUUGUAAUAGUGUUCCACCGUGUGUAACCGGACGCGGUAACCGUAAUACGUUGUAAUUACAAUAGGUACGUGUACGUAUUUAGACGAUAAAACGUUGCGAUAAUAAUAUAAUAUGUACAGGUAUAAUUAGUAAUUACACGUGUCAUGUGAACACCAAACGUGCUGUAGAACCCGUCACCGUCUACAGCGACACGUUUUGACGAUUUGACGGAUGCGUCAAACAACAAAUUCAUAUUAUUAUAAUAACUCACAGUACAGGUUAAUAUAUUUUAAUUGGUACGAGUAUAAAAAUAAUAACUGUAAUUUUUCAACAACACAACUCGCGCAUAAUAAUAUUCGUUUUUCACGUAUCGCGAAUCAUAGUGUGUGAUGGUUCUAUGGAUUUCCGCAAUGUGACCAUAUGAUUUCGAUCCGUGUUUACCUGUAAUUUGUAGUGUCAUAAACGUAUUCCGCUGUGUACGCACACUUCAAGUCUAUAACCAUCAAAAUAUAAUACAUCUUAUUAUAUUUUAUAAUUAAUG